AUGGCGGAGGUCGAGGAUCGGCUAGUGUAUCGCUCCACAUUUUUUGAGAGAGUUCUGUGCUGGUGGCGCUACAUCGACGACAUUUUCCUGAUUUGGACAGGCACUAUACCUGAACUGGAGGAUUUCCAUGUGCACCUGAACUCUGGGGUCCGGGACCUGCAGUUCACCGUGAUGCACUCUGCCCGUGAGCUGCAGUUCCUUGAUGUCCGGGUUCAGGUGCACAAUGGAAGGAUCGGCACUGAUCUAUUCCAGAAACCUACAGAUAGGAAUACCCUACUAAUGUACGAUAGCAAUCACCCUCAGACCAUGGUGAACUCUCUUCCGUGGAGUCAACUACUCAGGGCUCCAGAGAGCGAACAGGAGAAGCUGUAUACGGAGAGGGAUGCAUGGUGGCUAUAUUCAUUCAGGGAAUCCCCUCGUCCAGGGACCUAUAAUGUCCGUGAUUUUCUCCAAGAUGCACAACUUAAUCCUGUUAGGCAAACAUACAGCUUCAAAGGGCAAGGACGGAAAAAACCCUUGAGCACUGCUGGAUCUGGGGAAGCUUUAUUACCCGGCUGCUACAAGAUUCCAGAAUUCAGUGAUUUGGUAGAACAACUCCCACGUCUCUCUUCUUUCCGCAGCACCUCAAGAAGUGCUGCUGUCUACGGGGUGAGAGAUAAGGACGUAAACACAGAUCCCGGUCAGUAUGAUCUCAGCACUCCACCUGUAGACCAUCAUCAGUGCAAGCAUUUUAUGUUUCGAUCCGCAGCACAGAGAUUCCCCACAGUUUACUUUAUUCCUAAAGAAGGUCCAGGACCUGGCGACUAUAAUCUGAAGAGCGCCUCCUCUCCUAGUAUUUCAUCAAGCUUUAAAUCCAGCGUGCCCAGAUUCAGCUCCUCAUACAGUAAAACUCCCGGUCCAGGAACGUAUGAUCCAACGAGACAGUUACCGAAUCAGCCACCCACAGUUGCCAAAAUGGGUCGCAUGCAUGGCCUUUUCUUCCGUAAUUCAUUUGACUUUUAAAUUGUGAAUCAUAGAACAUAA